AUGAGAUGGGAAGAAGGUGCAAAACAAGGCAUUGUCGUAGCCAGCGGUCAAGGACAAGGAAAUAGUCUUACACAAUUGAAUUAUCCUAAUGGAGUCGUUGUCGAUCAAUUGGGUACUGUCUAUGUGGCUGAUUCUUGGAAUCAUCGAAUCAUGCGUUGGCCAAAAGGAGCCACACAAGGAAGUGUCAUUAUUGGUGGGAACGGUUAUGGAGCACAGUCGAAUCAACUCGCUCAUCCCAAAGGAUUUAAUAAAUCACCCGAAGUAUGGUCGAAAUUAUUGUAUGGUACUGAAGAAAAUGAAUUAUCAAUGGAAUUAAUUCUUAAUCAAUUGUCAACCAGAUAUUCAUUUUCAAAAUUAAUUGAACAAUUCGGAAGUCUUAUACGAUGUGGUGAUGAUUCAUCUGAACAGUUAUUAAAAAUAAAAAAAGAAUUUAAAGCUUUAUGUCAACUUGAUUUUACAAAUGAUAAUCCAGAACAAAUUUCUAAUAAUGAAGUAUUUUUUUCAACUUGGAUAAAAAUUGUUUCAUCAUUAGACUCGAUUAAACAUAUUUUAAAAUCAUUAAUUAAUUUUAAUAAACAAAAAAUAAAUAAAAUAAUGGAUCCAUAUGUAAAACGUCUUGAACAUUUAAUUAAUCGUCUUGAUAUUGUAACGAUUCGUCUACAAUCAUCAACUGGUGUUCCAUUUGGUGAUGGAGAAUAUAAAGAAUAUCCAAUACCAGAACAAUUUAAAAUAUGUUUACAAGAUAGAAACAACUUGUUACUGUACCAAAUGAAUCAUCUGGUUUUUAAAAACAAGGGAUAUUAA